UUCGUAUGGUUGCAGAAGUAUGGAGCGGAGUACUUUUCCAAACAUGGGAUUCCACAACGGCAUCGGAAUUUUCCUCCUCACGGCGUUGAGCGUUUUGGCUUCAGUUUUAUCGGCGAGUAACUAUUACUGUGAAGAGCCACUAGUGACAUCAUUACCUUCAGCUUUCUUCCAGAACUCGUCAAAAUCUUCCAACAGAAGGUCACCACACUUCGCUAAACUCAACAAAAGAGAUGGUGGUGGCGGAUGGUCUCCGAGUAGAGAAGACCACCAACCAUGGCUGCAGUUGGACCUACAGGACAGGUUAAAGGUCACAGCCAUUGCCACCCAGGGGUGCUGGGGCAGCUCUGACUGGGUGACCCGCUACCAGCUACAGUACAGUGACUCUGGACGAACAUGGAGAACAUACAGACAAGAGAACGUGGUAUGGACAUUCGCAGGAAACACUGAUGCAGACACAGUGGUCCAACACAAACUCCCUCACUCAAUCAGGACUCGAUAUUUGCGCCUUCUUCCCGUCGAGGGAAGUCCCAGAGGAGGGAUUGGUCUACGGUUAGAGGUCUAUGGCUGCACAUACAAGUCAGACGUGGCCGACUUUGAUGGUCGCAGUGCUUUGCUUUACCGGUUCAACCAAAAGUCCACCAGCACAGUGAAAGACGUGAUAUCUCUGAGAUUCCGGAGCCAUCAGGCCGAAGGGGUUCUGGUUCACGGAGAGGGACAGAGAGGAGAUUUCCUCACUCUGGAGCUUCAGAAAGGAAGACUCACUUUGCAUCUCAAUUUGGAUGAUGCCAAGACCCAGUCUAGCGGGCGCUCAUCCUCAGUCAUGUUAGGAAGCUUGCUGGAUGACCACCACUGGCACUCUGUUCAAAUUGAGCGCUUUAACAAACACAUCAAUUUCACUGUGGACGGACACACACAACACUUCCGCAGUCCGGGCCAGGAGGACACACUGGAGAUAGACUAUGAGCUCAGUUUCGGAGGGAUCCCUUUGCCUGGCAAGCCUGGGACGUUUCUCCAUGAAAAUUUCCAUGGCUGCAUAGAGAACCUCAACUACAAUGGCGUCAAUGUCAUUGACAUGGCCAAAAGGCGGAAGCCGCAGAUCUAUACAGUGGGGAACGUGACAUUCUCGUGCUCCGAGUAUUCCUCAGUUGCUGUGACAUUCCUCAGUUCCACGAGUAGCUUCCUGGCGCUGCCAGCCAAUUACGGAACAGAGGGUCUGUCUGUACGUCUCCAGUUCCGCACGUGGAACCAGGAAGGGCUGCUGUUCUCAGUCCAGCUCUCUCGUGAUCCAAACCCCAUUAACCUGCUUGUACAGCUCAGUCAGGCCCGGCUGCUCCUCUCUCUCACUGGAGAACCUCAACACUCUGCUCAACUUCUCAGGGGUCAGAGUUUGAGCGCUGGACUGUGGCACUCCGUAGUCGUCACGGUCAAAAGUCAGAAGGUGUCUUUAACAGUCGACAACCAGAAGCCUGUCUUGAUGGAAAUCAGUGGCCUUAGCAACAGCGUGCAAAAGACGACCAUCUACUUUGGAGGUUGCCCUUUAUCCCAGAGCAGUUUCGUCUGCGAGAACCCCAGCAGUGGAUACCAGGGCUGUUUUCGUCUGCUUUACAUCAACAACCAUCCAGUCAACUUUCUCCAAAUUCAGCAGGAAUACUUGAGCAACUUUAGCCAGAUUAGCUUUGAUGUUUGCAGCAUUCAGGACAGGUGUUUGCCCAAUCUGUGUGAACAUGGUGGUCAAUGCAUCCAGUCAUGGGAGCAGUUUUACUGUGACUGCUCUGGAACAGGAUACACAGGAGCCACCUGCCACAACUCAAUAUAUGAACGAUCCUGCGAGGCCUUCAGAAAAACAGGAAGCCAAUCUGGUGUGUUUACAAUCGACCUUGAUGGCAGCGGACCAUUAACACACACUCAAGUCAACUGCACUGUGGCAGAAAACAAAGUUUGGACAGUGGUGGGACACGAUCACAUGAGGCCUAUAGAUAUUCGAGGAUCCACUCCACGCAGCCCUUUCGUUCUUAUCUUCAACUACACCAUCUCACAGUACCACCUCCGUUCACUUGUGACCUCCUCAGAACACUGCCAACAGGAAGUGAUGUAUCGCUGCAGGAAAUCUCGCCUUUUUGACACCUGGGAUGGAACUCCUCUGUCUUGGUGGCUGGAUAGAGACGGAGUGAAAAGGACGUAUUGGGGGGGAUUUCUUCCUGGGGUCCAGCAGUGUUCCUGUAGUUUGGAUGGCAACUGCAGGGACAUGAAUUACUUCUGCAACUGUGACGCAGACCAAGACACCUGGGCAAAUGAUACUGGUGUGCUGUCAUACAAAGACCAUUUACCCCUCAGUGAGAUCGCCAUCGGAGACACAAACAGGACAAGCUCACAGGCCAUGCUCCAAAUUGGCCCGCUGCGUUGCUAUGGCGACCGAUUUUUCUGGAAUUCUGCAUCUUUUUACCAGGAAUCCUCAUAUCUGCACUUCCCGACCCUGCAAGCUGAACUGAGCAUCGAUAUCUCACUCUUCUUCAAAACCAGUGCUCUUUCAGGGGUUUUCUUGGAGAAUCUCGGUGUCAGAGACUUCAUAAGACUGGAACUUAGUUCUCCCUCCACAGUGAACUUCACCAUUGACCUGGGAGAUGGACCAGUAAUUCUUACUAUUGGGUCACCUGUGGCCUUGAACGAUCGUCAGUGGCAUUAUGUUCAUGCUGAGCGGAAUGUGAAAGAAGCUUCUCUGCAGGUCGACUCACUGCCCAUGCAGCUCACUGAAGCGCCGUCUGAAAGACCCUACCGGCUUCAGCUCAGCAGUCAGCUCUUUGUGGGAGGAACAGCUUCGAGGCAGAGGGGCUUUCUGGGUUGCUUGCGUGCCCUCACCCUUAACGGGGUUACCCUUGACCUUUAUGAGCGUGCAAAGACCACACCCGGGGUGAAUUCCGGCUGCCCGGGUCACUGCAGCAGUGACAGCGUCUGCCAUAACGGAGGGAGAUGUGUGGAGGAGAGGAGCGGUUACACCUGCGACUGCACGCAGACAGCCUUCGAUGGGCCGCACUGCAAAACAGCUCUGGCAGCGUCCUUUGAAAGCGGAUCAUCGGUCCUGUACACUCUCCAAGAGCUGUUUUCCGGAAUACUGAAUGAGGAAGCCAGACAAUCACCGGCUGGUUUCCAUGACAGUGAAGUUACCAAACCUCAAGAGGAAAUCUCGUUGGGGUUCUUGACGCAUCACGCGCCAGCCUUGAUCCUCUCCGCUCACACGUUUGACCAGCGCCACAUGGCUGUUAUGCUAGCAUCAAACGGCAGCUUGCAGAUACGAUACUUGUUGAACCAGGAAAAAUCAACGGAAGUGUUCAGCCCGAUAUCAGCCAGUCUAGCAGACGGGCGCUUUCACUGGGUCAAAAUCAGUCGAAAGGGACAGGAACUUCUAGUCCAGAUUGACAACACAAUAAGUCAGCAGUACAGUCUGUCUCCUGGCUCUGCUCUCGGACCUGUCAGGACACUGAUUCUGGGAAGAGUUCAGGGUGGUGACAUCGCUGAUAAGGAACUGGUCCAUGCUGGAUUAAGAGGGUUUAUUGGCUGUUUGUCCUCUGUGCAAUUCAAUCAGGCCACCCCUUUGAAGGCAGCCCUACAAAACAGCCAAAGCCCGUUAGUUACCGUCAUCGGCCGGCUCGAAGCGUCAGGUUGUGGGACGAUAUCAAGCUCCAACACUCUAACCGAUACACACACACUGUCAGAUGACUCGGCAAAAUCAGACAGCGGCAAAGACCCAGUGACAAAGGAGGAUCAAACUGAUGUGGCAUUAAUAGGAGGAGUAGUGGCUGCAGUGGUGUUCAUCACACUCUGUGCAUUGGCCGUGAUUAUUCGCUUCCUGUACCGACAUCGACGGACCCCAGCGCCCACCGGAAUCACCAGAAAGACGCACCGUCCCAGCACAGAGCAUCCACCAUACCGGCCCGAACUGGAUCCACACAAACCACACCACGACAGCAAAGAAUACUAUAUAUGACCUCUUCGUGUUGUGCUUGACCUUUAUUUGAACGGCCUGUUUCUGGUGUACAUGCUAACAACAACAGAGCCUGUUUCACACUGUAUCUGUCUUCACCGCAGGCUGAGCAGCCAAUCACAAGGCCUGUUGGGGUGACCCGACAGUGGCUAGCUUUCAUGGGCUGGGGUACGACAUUAAUGUUUGUUGUUUUCUAUGAAGAGAGUAAGGCUUGUGUGAAAAUGGUGUGAAUGUCCCUUGGAUGAUGGCAGAGCUGUAUAUUGUUAUUUAAAGGCAUAAUAAUAGGUUAAACAUGCACAACACACACUUUCCAAGUAAACAGCACAGCAGGAAUGUUGACGCAUCUCUCUGAAUGAUCAUUACCCAGCGUGCCCGUAUAGAGAGUGGGCAUCAGUUAAUGGACUCCAAAGCCCAGUGCAGAGCGUUUUAUGGCAGGGAGGUGGACCUUCCCAGAUGUUUUUAAAGGAUCGAUCAUCAUUCAACGUGUCCAAAGACAAAAUAUUAAAGACGUCCGCCUCUGACAAGCCCUGCAGUUGAUGUUGAAACUAUCGACUGGUGCAAGGAGCCACAGCAGGCUGGGAUUAGCCACCAAAUGACUACAAGUGUACAUCAGCAGUGGCUGUGGGAUGGGAUGAGUCAUUUGUGUGUAUCCCAGUUCACACGGGCCAGACAGAUGCAGGCAAUUUAAUUAUCUAUCCCACCGUGAUCGAGCCGGUCAUGCAACUGAGCGUCCUCCGUGUGCUCCUGGAACAAAUGUCCUCCUCAUUGAAGUGCAUAAUAUCUAACAACAACAAAAAAAAAACUAGCUUUCUAUCAAGAAUUAAUUCUAUGGCCGUUUUUUUCUAUAUAAUUACUGUAAAUGAGUGUUGUAUAUACAUUUCAUAAUUAUAUUUAAUAAAUGGCGCUUUCUAAGA